UGUACUUCUGUCUGACCUGCUACCGUGCGAACUGGACGGAGCUAACGGUUUAAUUACACAAAAAAACUAUCUUCCUUAUACCGUAGCUAAUCUAGAUAUUGUUGUCUGAAGAAGAAUGGAUGACUCUAUGAAACGCUUACUGCAGCGACUCAUAAGACGGAUACCGACUCAAAUGCUAAGAACAACACUGGACAAGUGGGGCCGUUUGACUGUGGCGCAGCAGCAAUCCAUGGAUUUUACUCAACCAAAGUGGGCAUUAACGGAACAACUACUCUCCAUGUGCGAGGAACAUAAGUGGACUGUUAAACACAUCACAGAACUCGAGAUGAUCUAUGUCAUUGACAAUCCAAACCAGGGAAUGUGGUAUGCCUUCCAGCUCAUGGACCCCGAAGAUGAUGCUCACUCUGUAGAGCUGACGCAGUUCAAGGAACAAUUUAAAUGUCACCUCAGUGAGCUCGUAAGACAUGUGUCUGUCAAAAUGAAGAAGCACACAGAUGAAGCUGUAUGGAUUCGGAUUGCAUGGGGGGACAGCUUCUCUCGACCCAACCACCUGAAACCAACAUAUGUUGUUCACCAUCUUCAAACUCCUUAUGUCUUUGUGACCAGCCUGACUUCAAAGCAAAAGCCACUGUUAUACCAGGCCUUGGUUCUGGCCACUAGAUAUCAAGCUAUCAAGGAUGCUAACCUCAGUGGACGGAAACUCACUGACAUUAGGGACCUGCUGAUGAGGCAAUAUCAACAGGUGUUUCCCACAAAGUAUCCCAGCCCUCUUGCAGAAAGGAACCAAAUUGUCUCAAACCCAAACAUCGAAAGAGAACAUGCUAAGUCUGCAGAAAACAGACUUCAGAUGGCCUGUGAGGCCUUUGGUGAAGGAAUGUUACCUCAACUACAGUCUGCAGUUUACAAGCUGGAGACAAAAUUCAGAGACCCCACCAACAAGACCAUGACAGAGCGGGAGGAGCCCUUCAGAUGUGUUGUUAAAUUUGAAAGCACCAACCUCCUGGAGUCACUAAAACACUGUGCAUCUUCAGGAAUUUCCUCCACGCCUGUCACACCUCUGCUCUCAUCUAUUCCCCUAAAAGGAAGGAAUUAUUUUGUCAUCACAGACAAUGUCCCUGGUCCCUCCUCACAAACGCACCAACCACAGAACUGAGGAGUGACAGACACUUGAUUUUAAAGGACUCGCAGUGUUGCCUGUUACUUCUACCACAUCCAGUCCACCCAUGGAUUGCUUUUCUUUAACCAUCGACUAUCAUUGAUCUCCUUGUUAAAAUAGCUCUUAAAGAGUCAUUGCCAAUAUAUCAGUAGUUGGCAACAGAUAAUUUAUCACUUACCUUUUGUUUGUGUGUAAGUGGCAGAAUGUUAGUGCUGUCAAAUUUUAUAUAGGCCCAAACUGAAUAUUAAAGCAGGAUUGUUAAUAUUGUU